UUUUGGUGUGCCCUGGGAGGUUUAAUAUUAGGUGGAAUCGUUGUCAUUUCAUAUUGGAUAAGACGAUGCAGGACACUUGCAGCGAAAUCACCGCGCCAGCGAUCCCUAACCAGGAGCAGGAGCUUAUUAUCAACUGCCGCCGUCAGCAGCAGCAGAAGCAGCAAUAUCAGCAGCCUGCGGUACACAAAGUCUUCGCCCGAUCACAAUCAUCGACGUCGUCGCCGGCGCAUGCUGCAGUGCAUCAAUUGAAGCAGCAGCAGUCCCUGCCCAAUCCGCUGCCCAAAUUGCAACCAACGGUCGAGCCGCACCUCCACUCGCAUCCGAACCACAACCCGCACGCCACCAAGUCCGUGUCCAUACUCGUUUAUAAGACUCUGAACACGGUCUUCAAGAGCAGCCGCAAGAUAAUCGUACGUGUCUGUGAGGUGGCCAGCACCAAAAAGUCCUUCACCAUGUUCAAGUUCAACAAGGCUGCCCAACAGCAGCGACUCGAUAAUCGCGCCAGCGCCGUAACCGGACAUGAUCCCUUUGUCAGGCCACCUGUGCCCGAAAAGAAAGUGAAGCACAUUAUGAAGAAGCUGCACAAGGCGAAUGGACUGAAACGCUCCAAUUCGGCGAUCGAAUUCGAUGUCUCAGCGCUGUCAGCCGCCAAUCGACGCCAAAUCUACAGUAGCAACCGGUCGGCCAGCUCGGAGCAAGAUAACUCAGAUUUGUCCGAGCACUCGGAGAAAUCGCCACUGGUUAGCGCGAGGUUAGACAAUCUUGCUAGGCUCUUUUUUAGCAAAUCGAUGCCAGCGGAAACCGGAAGUAGAGAUACCAUAGAUUCAGUACUAACAACAAGACCCAACAUAAAGUAUCAGUACUCAGCCCUUGACAGCGGCAAUGGCAUUGUGGAGCGCAGUCCCCGCGAGCGGGCACAACGUGAGCGAGCCCUAAAUGCUACACAGGAGUGGAUACAGAGCGCAAAUGGACGCUACGAGGUUAUUGCACAUCUGGAUGAGAUUGGCUCCAGGCACGGCAAGAACUGGUUUCUGGUCAAUGAUGCAUCAGUGCGUACAGAUCGUCUACUGACGCUGCUGCCACUACCUUCGGACUGUGUGGCCUUUGAGGGUCUGCCGCCCGAUGAAUGCGCAAGGGAAAUACUUAUGGAGCUACUUGGAUCUUUGCAUCAUCCGUAUAUCUACCCGGUACUAGAUUUGGGUUUCUUGCGCAACAGCUCACAUAAUUAUGCCUGCCUGGUCACGCCCUUCAACUCGCGCGGCAGUCUGAAGGAUCUCAUUUAUAAGGCCCAAUGGAACGAGCCCUGGGCGCGAAAGUAUACACGCAAGCCCAAUGGCCUGCCCAUAAGCCAAGUGCAGCGUCUGGGCCGACAAAUUCUGGAAGCGCUGCUCUUCCUAAAGGAGCGCGGCUUUCCACUUCAUGGCCACCUGCACAGCGGCAAUGUUAUUCUGCAAAAUGGAGCGGCCAGGUUAUCGGGCCUGGAAAAUGGCCUGCUGGGGCUGAGCUCACGCAAUAAUGCCGUAAUGUGGUCUCGUUCCGUGACGGAAAUUGAGAAUGUUGACAUCGUGUGCUUUGGCCAUCUGCUCUAUGAGAUGUGCACUGGUCAGGAAAUGACCACACCGAAACCGUCCAUCCGGGUGCUCGAAAUGGAACUGCAGCAUUAUCCACAAAUUGGGCAGGUUCUAGAAAUAUUGGGCCUUAUCUUUGAACCACCCAGCGGCGUAUGCCCCUCCGUCGAGGACUUAGUCCUAUGCGAUCUAUUCCGUAGCAUCGAUUUACGCGAGCUGCGCGGCCCGUGCUUCAGUACAAUCAAGCCGAGCCUCAGCCGUUCCACGUUAAAUUUGCUGCACGCCGUAAAGAAGCGCCAAUGCGCCUCGCUGGGCAGCUCCUUCAGCGCGGCGAGUUCUCCGUGCACGCCCCCCUCGACACCGCACGAUCGACGCACUGGCAUCAGCCGAACAAUGGACUCAUUUGACAUAUCAAGCGAGGAGGAGGAGGGGGGCCUGCUCGAGGAGAUUGUGGUGGGCAGCAGCGUCUGUCAGAUGAAGGGUCUGCAGCGACUGCAGCGUAACCAGAACUGGGACUCCGCCUCCGGGUCGUCCUCGUUUACACGCACCCAACACAGGCAGCAGUAUGCGCCGACAGAGUCGCCCAUUCAUUACUGUGACCACGCGGUGCUUUACUCGGAUGACAACAGCAACAGCAACUGUGCCCAGAAGCAGCCGACAAUUCACUGUAGUACAAGCAGUCAAAGCAAUCUGAAUGUGCUGCUCGCCGAGCAGAGCGAGGGGCGGGAGCAAGCGGAUGAUGAGCAUUUAACGCUGGCGGCGCCAGAUGAUGCGGUGGCCAGUGGCUCGGGUGGAGCACAGCGGUUGCACGCAUCGUCCUGCUCUUCGGCGGCGGCCUCCUUCAAUCAUCAGCUGACAGCGGACAUGUGCAACUACAAGAACUCGAAGAGUCGUCGCCUGGAGUAUUCGCUCAAGUGUCUGAAAUAUGGACGCAGUAAUCCGUCACAGGACUCGGCCUUUGGUUCGCUAACCGAUAACGAUUUGUCUAUUGGCUCCUCGAGCAUACGUCUGAACAGUUUUCAAUCGAUCUCUUCGCCUAUUGACGAGGGCGUCGAGGAUGUCAUUAUAGCCACGACAACGGGCGGCAAGGAGACCUGCCUCGAACUGGCCACCAUACCGCGCAACAUGGUCUCGCAGGACUCGGCCAUCUCGUCGCCCUGUCGCGAGAGUUCGCCCAGCAAUUUUUUGCACAUUGACGAUGCCAUGUCCGGCACGGGCUCGACUUCAUCCGGAUCCGGAUCGGGUUGCGCGUCACUGGGCAACGUGCGACCUCAGCAUUUUCCCGUGUCGCUGUCCCCCAAGAUUCUGGUGACGGCGACCAGCAACUCGAGCAACUCCUCGCUAGCCUCCAGCAGCACGGCACAACCGCCGCAGCAACAGCUCCAGCAGCAGUUCGAUCCGCCCAAGAUUCUGGUCAAUGAUCAGAAUUCGAUUUACACGACGUCGCCUUCGAAGCGCUCCAGCAUGAUUGAGGUGUUCUCGCAGAAGUAUCGGGUCAGCUCCUUUGAGGACAUGUCGCCGAAGCGCUCCGGCUCAGACAAGCAGUAUCUGAAGAACGUCAACCGCUUGGCCUUUCGCUCACUCGAGGAGGAGCGUCGCAUCGAUAACGCCUUCCUGCCCAUGGCGGACCGCACGCACUCGGACAACAGGGUUAACAUGCAGAGCGAGAAAUACAAGAAGCUGACGCACGCCUCGUUCCGCAUCAGCAAGACCGCGUCGACGGACCAAUCCCCUGGCCAUCAUCCGGCCUCCAGCAUGGAGCUGCAGCGCACGGGCAGCGCCAGCGGCAGCCAGCGCCAGACCCUCUGGCGCGACAGCAAGUUCUAUCGCAAGAAUCGCAUUGCCAAGAGCAACGAUUCCCUGCUGGAGCACUCGCCGAAUCACUCGUCACACUCGGCCCGGCUUUCUCCGAGCUCGCUGCGGGACAAUCACUACGAGAGCAGCUGCUGCUCCUCCGUCCAGGGCAGUCGGCGCUCGCUCAGCGGCAGCCAACAGAUGUUAAGCGUGACGACCAGCUUCUGUGGCACGGGGCACGCGACGCGACACUAUUGCAGCUCCAAGAGUGAGGAUCUGGGCGAGUCCUCCGACUAUUUGCGUGUGAUGGACGCACGUAAAUCGUACUCGGAACGGCAUUUGGUGCGGCUCAAGCAGACGGCCAUAAAUAACACGCACAGCGGCAGCGAGGACGAGCUGAGCUUCAACGAGGACAAUAAUCCUUCAUCAUUCUCAUCCGCAUUCGCAGCAGCCAGCAGCCAGGGACAACAACAACAGCAACUGCAGCCGCCGGCACGGGCCGGCAAGUUGAGCUGGAGCAGUUGCUCCAUUAACCACCUGAAGAUGACCAAUAUCAAGACCACUUCGCUGGCCACGCUUACCUGCCAAACGAAUUUAAGCUCCAACUUUCCCUCCGCCCAGGCGCCAGCAACUGCCAACUAUCGCACCCCAUCCAAAUCCCUGGAUCAGGCACUCAACGUCAGCAGCAGCAACACCAGUAACACCAACAGCAGCACCAGCACCAGCAACAGCAACAGCAGCAGCAACAGCGCCGCCGCCGAGGACAACAGUUCCGUGGAUGAGUCGCCCUCGAGGCGAACGCUGAGCGGCGCCGAGCUGUCGCGCAUCUUUGUCAUGGACAUGGACGAUGCGCCGGGCAGCAGCUGUAGCGAGGAAAAGACGCCGCUGCUCGACAGCGUCGAGAUGUCGCCGAUUAGCCCAACAGAGCCGCAAUCGGACCUGGACAAGCUAUAAGCUGCGAUUGACAAAUAUUACUGAGGGCCUACACGAAAAAUGGCGGUUUUUGUAUGUGUGACGUCACAAUGUCGACUUGGCCUUUUCUAACAUACAUUUAUUUUAAAUUCAGCGUGCAUGAGAGAAAUUAUCGUACACCAUGUUUUUUUUUUGUACGACUGCACGUUAUCGUGACGUCACGGUGGCUCUCUCAAUCGUGCCAUGAAUUACCCAUACACAGACACGUAUUAAGCAGCCAAAAUGCAAAGCAUGUGAUAAAUAUGUAUGUACGUAGCAAUGAAAUCGAAAUUGAAUGGGAACCAUCAAAUCAAUGAGUUUUAAGUUUAAAAUGGAUGACUGGUUAAAUACGAGUAAAAUAUUAAGGGAGAAUGAAUGUGUGUGUGCUUAGAGCGGAAUGACACUUGCAAUAUGUACGUCUGUUACUUCUUGCCUACUUCUUUGGUACAUGCUGGUACAGCUUCGUCGCCUUUUCAACACUGUCUCGAAAGUGGCGCAACAAUUUGAAUGUUUAUCGUUUGUUCGAAUCAAGUUUUUGGCUAACAAUCGUUGGGCUGCUCUCGCCUUUGCCCAAAUCCACACUUAAAGCUUUCUUCUGGUAACAAUAAUAUUUUCUUUGUAUCUAUUGUAUUUUACGCUUAUUGUGUACAAGUGUACAAAGCGCUUUUACUGAAAAUAAGUCUAUACUGAUGCUUUUCAACUCUCUAGACUGCUAAUAAAAAAAUAAAACAAAAUAAAAGCAACAUCAACAAUGUGAGCAUCAAAUACACCUCCAUCCUUCUGAUGGUUUUUUAGCUAACAAACUUUUGAGUAAAACGUUUUCGAACGCAAAAUUAUACACAAUUAUUUGUAGCAAUCUACACAGCUAAGACUUAAGCUUACGCAGCGAGUAUUUAAAAUAUUUUACUGUAGCUUAAAAUUGUUUUAAAGCCCAGCAAAUAAAAUAAAAAUAAAGUGUUUAAUCAAUAAAGAAAAUUAAUAAAAUGGAUUACAUUCAAAAUACAAACUUAAUAACAAGUAUAUCUAGAGUGUAACAUGGCCAAAACAUAUUUAAAUUAAAUAUUUAUAUAGCUUAAAUACAACUAAAUUCAAUUUAGUAUAAAAUAGAAAUGAAAAUACAAUUUAAAUGUUUUAGCAGGGGCUUUACCUUCAGUUACGAUGGAUCACAUGUAGAGCAGGAAGGGUAUACGAAAAAAAAAGUAAUCAAAACACAAGAGUUCAAAACACUAAUCCAUUCCCAAUAAAAAAUAGAACAAUAUGUUUAUGUUUAUGGUAAAUACCUAAAGACAAAAAAGUACGAAUGCACUUAAAUAUUGAAACCAAAUAAAUUAAUAAAAAAAUAAGUCAAUGAAACGUUGGUAGACAGAAACAAAAUUCAUGGAAAAUACUCAUGUAUUCUUAAAUAUAAGAAAGAUUACGAAACAUCCAAUAAAAAUGCAAUCAAAUUUACAAAACUUACAUAUAUCAGAAGGCACAAAAGAAAAAAGCAGAAAAAUAUAUAAAUAAUAUGUACAAGAGAAAAUAAUAACUAUAAAAUCUAUAAAUUUAGACGCACGCACCUAGCGAGACGCACUUUCAUGGAAGGUCCCCCCGGAUAUCCAGUUCGAGUCGAUACAAAUACUGAUCAUAGAACUUGAACAGAGCACAGAGUUCCACAUUCAACCUACAUGCAUAUUAAAAGUACACUUCUUGAUUAAUUAUAAUGAUUCCGACAAGAGUAAAAAAAUUGUUUCCGUUUUAAUAUACUAUAUAACAAUGUUUGUGUACAUUUAUUUAACAAGUAUGGCACAGCUAAAAUAUUUUUGUGUACGCAUUAUUAUAAAAUACUGCUCAAGUUACCGGGCCGAAAAAGAAAUCAUCUCAAAACAAUUUUUAAAGCUAAAAAUAUAUAUACUUAUUUAUAGAAUCAGUGAUAUUAAGUGAAUAUUUUUAUGAUUUUAAGUUUUGAAUAAAGAACAUAAGUCUAGAAAUCCUA